AUGCAACCGACCGCCUCUCCUCCACCUCCACCGUCUGUUGACCACUUCUACAGUCCAGCCUGUCCUGCCGACCUGACCCUGGAGGUUUGUCAGGUCUACUCCGGCCUCCGUGGCCUCCCGAAUUGCGGCUUCUCUUCGCCGACAUUUUCCUCUUCCUCCUCCUCGUCCUCUUCAUCUUCUUGCUCCUCUUCUUCUUCCUCUUCUUCUUCCUCUUCUUCUUCCUUCCCCAGCUCUCUCGUUCCCACAAUUUCCUCCAGCUCCAUCGUCUCAGCUUCCGAUGUGUCCGGUUACCUGGGCGACGGCAACAUGUUUACCAUCACCUCUUCUGCCUCGACUAACAUGAAGAAUGUGAACAGCACCAACGCUAUCGAUAAUUCUAAUCUUAGCAGAAGAGAUCCGCCCAGUCGGAGCAUGGAAGUGGAGAAGGCUGGUGCCAAUGCCAGACAGCAAAGUGGAUAUUUUGAUGCGAAUAGGCCAAGUUUAGGCGAGAAUGAGACGAAAAAUGGCUACCCACUUGUCCGGCUAUCCAGUCUGCCGCAGGAACUAGUCGACGAGACGUCGUCUCCUCGAGCCUCGGUCCCAGUUUUGCCUCAACCCACUGCCGUCUUAGGCGGCCUGGCAACAGCGGCAGGCCAUGACGACCCGGCCAGUGUGAGAGUAGGCCAGACUGGGUCGUCUCCUCGUGACGGAGGAGGGAGCAGAGGAGCGAGGACGGCCGUGGAAGUGGUCAGACGCGAUAGAGUCAGCAAGUUGGCCAAUGGGUGUAUUAGGGCACAUCUUCCAUUGCCGACGGCCGGGAAACCGGAACAAACUCACGAUCAGGAGGAGGGUAAAGGAGAGGAGCAAGAAGAAGAUGAAGAAGAAGAGGAAGAGGAGGAGGAAGAAGAAGAAGAAGAGGAGGAAGAGGAGGAGGUGGAGGAGAGGGUGGUGGCGGCUGGCGACGGCGGUGCCGACGAGAUGGUGACGGUGGUGGGCCGGCGUCGAGCUUCACGCCGCAGUUAUGCCGAACCCCCGGCUUUUGGAUCGCCCGGCCGACAGACGUCCUUGGUCGUCGAGGCCUCCUACUCGGACGAGUUGUUCUCCCCCCUCCGUCUGCUGCCGUCCUCCUCGGCAAGACCGCCGACAACCGCACAACUUGCUGACUUGCACAACUCCGAUGCACCACUUUCACCGCUUCUCUCCCUCCCACUUUCACUUACACUCGCCUUCCCCCUCGCCCCCAGAUCGUCGCAGUCUCCAGUCGCCCAUCAACCUCCACCCCACCUCUCCCAUCUGCCCCACCUCUCCCAUCUCGCCUACUCCGGCUCGGUGUCAUACACCGGCAAGCCCUUCUCCGGACUUGUCGAGGAACGGCCGACAGCCCACCCGACGCCGACCAGCUCAGCCAGUCUCAUCUUCCCGUCCGCCCACAUGCUUCUGGCCACCGACAGCCUGAAGGAGGCUGGACGGCAGGCGGACGAUGACGAGGAUGACGAUGACGACAACGACGACGACGACGACGACGAUGGGGGAGAGGAGGAGGAAGAAGAAGAUGACGACGAUGACGAAGACGAGGAGCGCUCGGCAACUGCGUCGUUUCACGUCGCCGUGGAGACCGGCAUUCGAGACAGUACAGCCUCAGUCUCCAGCCCGACUGGCCAAUCACGAUUGUCAGCCGCCAGUUUUUCACUUGGCAGCCUCGGAGCCGGCCUGACUUCGAGUCCACCUCACAAGGUUGCCACCACCCCUCUUCUUCCCAUCACCCCAACAACAGCCGCUCUUCUCGCCUCAGCAGCCGCCGGCGGCGCCAGUGCAGCGGCGACCGCGGCUGUGGCCGCCGCACUCCGGCAUCAGCACCACCUCCAACAUCAACAGUAUCAACAGCACCACCAGCAACAACAGCAUCAUCUUCAACAACAACAGCAGCAGCUUCAAAUGCAGCUGCCACUGUCGCAUCCUCAGCCGAGUCAACUGCACUUCCAGCCCUUCCAGCAUCUUCACCAGUUGCCAUCCGUGUUUGCCGGUACCAACAGUCCAAUAGGCGGCUCGAGUCCUCUCGUCUGCUCGCCUUCCGGCGGCUCAGAAGCCGGCCUCGUCAUGCUGCCCCCCUCCGAGAGAGGCCUCGAGAACAAAUCUCUCAAAGACACAAACCACGACGCCAGCACCAUCUGCAACAACCCGCCAUCCGGCAACCGGUCAGCGGUGGUCAGCUCAGCUGGUUGCAGUGCAACAGCGGGCAGCAACAGUCUGGCCGUCGUCAUGGCAGGCUCUUUGGGCUCCGGGGCCAGUCUGGUGGCGGCUGCCGUCGGCGGACUGACGGCGGCGGCUGCAGCAGCCGCCGCAGCAGCAGCAGCCACGGCGGCCGGUGGAUGUGGUACCGGAACUGGCUGUCCGACGCCGGCUCGUCGGCGCCAUCGGACCACCUUCAGUCAGGAUCAGUUGCAAGAGUUGGAGACGGCCUUCCAGAAAUCGCAUUAUCCGGACAUCUACUGCCGCGAAGAACUGGCUCGUAUGACCAAGUUGAACGAGGCUCGAAUUCAGGUGAGUUAG